AUGGUGCAAGACGACAGCUCUCGGCUUCGACCUCGACGGGUCCAGCACUCCCCUGGCUCUCUUGGCCAUUGCUGCGCAGAGACGGAAAUCUGGCUUUAUUUUGGCACUUGCCAGCGGUGCUGACUUCAAAGGGAACGGUCUGACCCUGGAAAGCGUGGGCCGCAUCGACUCUCCAUCCAGACGGUUCCCAUCAAGUCCCGGAGGUGGAGGCUGGAUGGUUUUCCUAAGGCGAGGGCCAGCAGCUUUCCUGGUCACCACUCCGUACUCGCUCUCUGUCUGCCCCGAGGGCCAGAACGUCCCCCUGACCUGCCGGAUCAGCGGUCCCCUCUCCGAUCACCACAACCUUGUCUACAAAACCUGGUACUUCAGCAGCGACGGUGACCAGAGCUGCUCCAAGAAGAAGCACAUCCGCAACGUCACCGAGAAGGAGCUGCACCAUGACCUGGGCAGGCACCACGAGCUGCCGGGCAACAGCACCCAAAAAACUCCCCCGGGGAGGCAAGGCACCCAUCAUGGGGUGGAGUUUGCCUCCGACCACCAUGGUGCCUUUCACAUCACGGUGAUGAACCUGACGCUGCAAGACAGUGGGAAUUACUGCUGCUACGCUGUGGAGGCCAGGUGGGAGCACAGCAAGCCCCACACCUUGCAGGUCGCUCACGGCUUCGUGGAGCUGCAGAUCCAGCAAGGCAGAGGAGGGCUUCAGAACUGUACCUUUCACACCGCCAGCACCAAAGAUAUCACGGCCGCCGCGCUGGCAACUGGCGCCUGCAUCGUGGGCAUCCUCUGCCUGCCCCUCAUCCUGCUCCUCAUCUACAAGCAGAGGCAAGCCGUCAGCAGCAGACGUGCCCACGAGCUCGUCAGGAUGGAGAGCAGCGCCCAGGGCAUCGAAAACCCUGUCUUCGAGGCGAUCCCCUCGGCAAGCACGGAGCUGCGGCCCCGACCCCAGCUCUCCUACAUGGCCAGCCGGCAGCCCUCCGAGUCUGGCCGGCACCUGCUCUCCGAGCCCGGCACCCCCCUGUCCCCCCCCGGUCCCGGGGACUGCUUCUUCCCAACGCUGGAUCCUGUUCCCGACUCACCGAAUUCCUUGAAAGCCUAA